AUGGACGUCCACGCAGAGAAAUCGGCAGUAGCAGUGCUGUCCCAGACAGCGCCCACGCACGGCGUCAAUCGCCCUGCCGGAACUCUCAGCGAUCCGGACCCCCCUGACCUUCAGGCUGGCGCUGAUCACGUUAGCAGCGCAUGGUCGCAAGGAGGUGAACAAACGCCUUUCAGAGAUGCUGAGUUUUUGCCUCACUCUCCAAAGGCGGCUCGGAUGACUAGAGAACUAGCAAGCACGCAGAUGAAGCUAGUGAAAUUACUUGAGGAGGGACGGGAGGGUGCGGGCAACUACGUGAGAAGGCGCAUUCAGGCUCGCAUGGAGAAGGCACACAUUUAUACCGUGCCCUCCACGUGGGUUCGUGACGCGAAGCGCAACUUUCGAAGAGCCGCGGCAAGGCGGCACAUGAAAAUGCACCAGCUUUUCAACAAGCUCCUGGUGAACCUUCACCAGCUGAAUCCCGUGCCGGGAGAAAGCAACAACGCUAGGCAUGCUGCAGGUAGUACUGUGACUGCUCACCCUGAAGGCUGCCAACUGGAUGCCGCAGACAGCCCUGAAAAAGGUUCAAGUGGAGGCCUAUCGUCUGCUGCACGCAACGAGUGCGUCUCUCCGACGAGCACUUCUUCCAUUCUGGGCUGUGAGUCCGCCUUACAUGCUGGAGCAGCCGCUUGUACGUCUUCGGCGAGUACCGGAACUAUGCUGGAACGUGCUUGGAGUAGUGAUAGAGCACCGAAGUCGUUGGCGAGCUCAACCAACAGUGGCUCUUCGAAGGUGGUAACCUGCAGUAAUGCUGCACCAGCGGAUGGUCUAAGCGGGAGCCAGGCACAGGAGAGUGGAGUAACACAAUCCGGCGUACGUUCGGUGACCGGGUGUACAAGUGUGGUAGGGUGCGCUUCAGCUUCACGUGAAGGAUUCCUGUGCUCGCAGUUGAGACUGCAACUGUUGGAGCACGAUCUUCGAGAACUGGAAAGGGAAGAGCAGAGGAGACGUGAAAGCUACGUCCGGCAGAAAUUUGCAAUAGCAGAGCGUCGAGGGCUAGGUUUUCUUUUAAGUGACGAGCCCGAGAGAAGGGAAUUUCUAUCCGCUGCGGAAGCGGAAUACGAGGCAUCAUCCCCCAAGCGGGUUGAGCUGGCCUAUUUCCGCCAGGCUGUGGCGAAGGAGCGCCAGCGGCUAGCCUCUAUUGCCCCGGCUGCGAUUUUGUCGCCGCAACAGAAGAGCCAGCCAAGCCUGCAGCAAUUGCUUACGCGUGAGUGCGUCGUGGGCGCGGACGGCCAGUCACGUGAUGAGGCAACUGUAGCCACGGAGGAAUGCAAGUCCCGUGCCUUCGGGCCCUCGUUUUUCGUCGACUUGCCCCCGGGCGACCGGCUAAAUCUAGGAGGGUCACCUGCUGGAGAAUCCGCGGCUGUCUGUCCGGACGUAGCGGCGUCAUCGGUAAAGCGCCCGGUCUAUGAAGCGCCGACUGGAUCUGUCCGACCGGUGGUGGGCAGGUCAGCAGCGGCUGCCCGAGGCGACGAGUCGCCUGGGGCAGGAAGCGCUGCGGUGGGUGACACACCCGGGCCCUCGCAUUUCGCGGUAUUCAGUAGCGACUUGCGCGAGCAUCUUCUUACAGGCUAUCGAACUGGACCUGCACUAAGUUUUUUCUUGAAGAUGGAAAUUGCUGCCCUCCGAGCACAGAUUCAGCAGGUCGAAGAGGACGACAAAGAAGACCUCGACUCUUAUGUGGCAAGACACAUCCGGGAGCGUAUGGGGGACGUUGGUGCCACAACUCCGGCGGCCAGAUGGGCACGCGAUGCCCGACACAACUACCGGAGGGCUGCUAUACGGAGGAAUUUGAGACUUUCUACGAGCUUUGAUCUACCACCACCAGGGCGCCCCGGAGCGUUCCAGGUGUUGAAUGAUGGUGCCCCUUCAGAUGUGACACCAGGCACGAGCUCGGGUGACGACAGUGUGCUGCUGGCGUUCUACGAGCCGUCAAGCGAGGGAACACAAGCCCAGUGGGGAGCUUCUGACGAUGACUCCAUCGUACAAAUGGUGGCCGCAGCCGUGGACGAAUCACCGUGGGCGCGAAGCGUCGACUGGGCCACGCUGCUCGGCGUUCAUGCCCCUCGAGACAGUCAGCUGAGCCCGGUGGAUGCAGACUCGCAGGCAAGUGCUCAGGAGGACGCACCCCAGAGUGAUUCAAGUAACAUUUCACCACUGCCGUAG